AUGCGUGACUUUUGUCCCAAAGCCUGGUCGGCAAUCUGCGAGCUCUGCGGUGGUGAAGACCGUAUCGAUACUGGUUCCUCCACGACUCCUGGUCUCGACUCUUCUGUCCAAGAUAUUUCGCUCUCGGUAAUCAAUGACGGCUUCAUAGUCAACGUGGGUAGCAAAGCAGACGAAGUCAAAUGGAAAGACGCCUCUGCACAAGGCACCCCGUCUGGACCCGACCACUUGACACCUGCACAGCAAAAGUUGCUCGAUCCACAUGACAGAACCAACUGGCAUGUUGACGGCGACUUCUUCCACCAUUUCCUUGAUAGUAAAGAGCAAGCUCUUCUGCCCAUCGUUCUAUUCAAGGAUAUCAAGAUUGGAGGUGGAGGCACGAUGAUUUGUCCUGACGCCAUACCCACAAUGGCUGAACAUCUAUACAAGCACCCAGAGGGCUUGAUGCCCGACAUGACGAAUAUUGAAGGCAGAGAAAAGCCAUACAAAGACUUUGACCACGGAUUCUUCGAUGAAGCUGUAAAACCAGUAGCCAAAACCCAAUUCAAGACUGCCACUGGAAAAGCGGGAGAUAUCUAUCUCUUGCACCCGUUGAUGGUGCAUUCGGCUGCUCCGAAUUAUUUGAGAGGUAGGUACAUUUCAUCCCAUACACCUUCCUUGUUCAUAAUCUCCUUCCUUCCACGCAGCUACACUUCUCUUUACAUCAGUGCACCACAGACUCUGACACUUGCUACAGAACCACGCUUCAUCACCAACCCGCCAGUAGCCCUCAAACAACCCUUCAACUUUGACAGAACAGACGGAAGCGCCUACAGCCUAGUAGAGCAGAAAACACUAAAUGCAUUGGGUCAACCUCAAGGACUCAAAGGGUGGAAGAUUACUACGGAGAGAAAGCAGAUCGUGCCAGAAAGAGUCAAGGAGCAGGCCAAGAUGAAGAAGAUCUAA